UAAAAACUAGUCACUCUCUUCCUUUCUUUUCAAGACAGAGUUUACUCUGUGUAGCCCCAGCUGUCCUGGAACUCACUCUGUAGACCAAGCUGGCCUCGAACUCAGAAACUUGUCUGCCUCUGCCUUCCUAGUGCUAGGAUUAAAUUCCUGAGCCACCUCAACAGACUCCUUCAGACUCAUUUUCAGAGGCACAUUUUUUUCUACAUUAUUGGUUUUUAAAAAUAUAUUGUAUCUUAUUUGAUCUAGUUGUGCAAAUUAAGAGAUGGUAGAAUGGGAAGGACCGGCUGAAGCUUUUAAUACUAGAAAACCUUGGAUCACCAAUUAUUAGGCGUAUCAACAACAAUAAUUUUUUUGAACUUCGUAUCACUCUGGAAAAAAACGAGUGCACGACUUCUUGAAUUUCUUCAUCAGGUAACUUAGACCCUCUGUGAUAUGCUCACGAGCUGUGCAAAUCAUGUUACUUGGGCUUACCGUCAAUCAAAAUUUCAGAUAAAACUUAAGUACAAUUUCUUUUCUUAGGAGAAGCUGACGUCCCAGCUCCACUCCGGGGCUGGAGGUGGAGCUGCAUGCACGGCAACUCCGGGCCGGAGGGGUUAGUUACAUCAUACAGGGCUAUGGAAGCCACAGAGCGCCACCGAGGGCCUCCGAGCGUUGCCGAGGCCCGACAAGGACGACCGAGCGUUUCCGAGGCCUGAACAAGGACAGCCGAGCGUUUCCGAGGGCCGCCGAGCGCUGACGAGUCCGGCCGAGGGCUGACCAGGGUAGAGCGUAGUCCGCCCGCGCCAUGGGUCCGGUGGUGGAGCGGCCGGCCGAGCCGGGCACGAGCAGCAGCGCGGCGGAGCUGGAGCUGCUGAAGCAGCGCGCGGCGGAGCGCAUCGACGAGGCGGCCGAGCGCCUGGGCGCGCUGAGCCGCGCCAUCUGGAGCGCGCCCGAGCUGGCCUACGAGGAGCACGGCGCGCACCGGGAGCUCACACGCUUCUUGGAGCGCGAGCCUCCGGCCGCCUCCUGGGCCGUGCAGCCGCACUUCGGGCUCCCCACCGCCUUCCGUGCUGAGUGGGCGCCGCCAGGGGCGGCCGCGGGGCCCGGCGCGCUGCAGCUGGGCUUCCUGUGCGAGUACGACGCGCUGCCCGCCCUGGGCCACGCCUGCGGCCACAACCUCAUAGCCGAGGUCGGGGUGGCGGCGGCGCUGGGCCUGCGGGCGGCGCUGGAGGGCGUCGCUGCGCCGCCGCCGGUCAAGGUCGUUGUCCUGGGAACCCCUGCAGAAGAAGACGGCGGUGGCAAGAUCGACUUAAUCAAAGCAGGGGCCUUUAAAGACCUUGAUGCUGUUUUCAUGGCUCAUCCGUCUCAAGAGGAUGCCGCCUAUCUGCUGGAUGUGGCCGAGCGUGAUGUUACUGUGAAAUACUAUGGAAAGGCGUCUCAUGCCGCUGCUUACCCUUGGGAGGGAGUGAAUGCCUUAGACGCUGCAGUUCUCGCCUAUAACAAUCUCUCUGCGUUAAGACAACAGAUGAAACCAACCUGGAGACUUCAUGGUAUAAUAAAAAACGGUGGUGUAAAACCCAAUAUCAUCCCCUCUUACUCUGAAUUAAUCUAUUACUUCCGUGCACCCUCAAUGAAAGAGCUUCAAGUUUUGACCAAAAAGGCAGAAGAUUCCUUCAGAGCUGCAGCUUUGGCUACAGGCUGCACAGUAGAAAUUAAAAGUGAAGCACACGAUUAUUACAAUGUUCUUCCCAAUAAGACACUGUGCAGUGCGUAUAUGGAGAAUGGGAAGAAGCUGGGAAUAGAAUUCAUCUCAGAAGAUGCAAUGGUGAAUGGGCCUUCAGGCUCUACUGAUUUUGGAAAUGUCAGUUUUGUGGUUCCUGGGAUCCACCCGUAUUUUUACAUUGGGACUGACGCCUUGAAUCACACGGAACAGUACACAGAGGCCGCAGGAUCACAAGAAGCUCAGUUGUACACUUUGCGUACAGCCAAAGCUCUGGCAAUGACUGCGCUGGAUGUCAUCUUUAAGCCUGAGUUGCUGGAAAGAAUCAGAGGGGAGUUUAAAUCGAAGCUUCAAGAAGAACAGCUUUUAAAUACACCCGCCUAGAAGGAGGACUUAGGGACUGCUCAGGAAGCAUUGAGUUUGCUUGUUUUUGAUCUCUAACAUUUUUUCAAUGCAAGAGAGCAUGCUUGAUUUUUACUCUUGGUAGGUGAGGGCAGGAUAUAGCCAAGACACUAAUGGAGUUUGUGAUAUUUCAGGCGUUGGUAUGUGAUGCCAUUUCUUUUUUUUUUUUGGUUUUUCGAGACAGGGUUUCUCUAUGAUGCCAUUUCUUAAGCUAGAUGAUAUGUGAUUCUGUACCAUGGUAAGGUAAUGUUUUGUGAAUGUAUCUUUUGUAUGGUUUUAUAAGUUCCACAGGUUUCAAAACUUAACACUCAUGAACUCUGUGGUUCAGAGUAGUGAAUGUCUUCUCAGCAGUUUAAAGUUAGGGGAGUUCGUUUUAAGUCUAACUGUAUCUGUCUUGGUCUAGAGAAACACUUAAGCAUAGCUUGUAGAACACACCUAGAAUCUCCAGUACAAAAAAUUAGCCGGGCGGUGGUGGCGCACGCCUUUAAUCCCAGUACUCGGGAGGCAGAGCCAGGCGGAUCUCUGUGAGUUCGAGGCCAGCCUGGUCUCCAAAGCGAGUUCCAGGAAAGGCGCAAAGCUACACAGAGAAACCCUGUCUCGAAAAACCAAAAAAAAAAAAAAAAAAAAAAAUUAGCUUUACUUGUAACAUUUUUUUUAAGAGAGUGUCCUUUUUUUACAUGUAAUUACUCCAAGAAGCGGCCGAGGAGCCGCGGUCAGUACCAGGAAAAGUGACGGAAAGACAGGGUUUGGUUUUCUAGUGGGGUGGGCUGUUGUGUGGUAGCCCAGGAUGUUGUUACAAGAGUUGGGAGAGGAAUACCGGCUGGUGUGCUCUGUCCUCCAGUGUCCUGCACUGGUUCCCACCACCCGGCAGCCCGCUGCCCCACAGAAUCGCCCCCUCCCCCAGCCCUGCUGGCCCAUAGUGAAAUCAGCCUGGGAAGGCGGCCUCUGUAUCCUCGUGCAGGGACUUAGUGAGGCCUCUGUAUCCUCGUGCAGGGACUUAGUGAGGUCUCUGUAUCCUCGUGCAGGGACUUAGUGAGGUCUCUGUAUCCUCGUGCAGGGACUUAGUGAGGUCUCUGUAUCCUCGUGCAGGGACUUAGUGAGGUCUCUGUUUCCUCGUGCAGGGACUUAGUGAGGUCUCUGUAUCCUCGUGCAGGGACUUAGUGAGGUCUCUGUAUCCUCGUGCAGGGACUUAGUGAGGUCUCUGUAUCCUCGUGCAGGGACUUAGUGAGGUCUCUGUAUCCUCGUGCAGGGACUUAGUGAAUUUUCUAGCCUUUUCUCUGGAGUUCGUCUGUUGCCUUCUCAGCUCACUUUGUGCCUUUGUGUCACCAGAGCGCUUACAGAACUACAAAAACGAGUCCAUAUUACGAGAAACCCAGGAUUUCACCUGGACAUUGGAAACCCUUUGGUUAUGUCAGUAAUAAUCCUGGAAACGGGGGAGAGUCACAUCAAUGACCAGUUUCUCAUGAUUCUUACUUGGGCUUGAGUUUCUUUUUGGUGGCUGACUUUGGGACGAGUUUUCCGUCUGCUCCCAUCUUCCCUUUCUUCCUGCUGUGGCUGCUGCCUCUCAAGUGCUGGGGUUGUACGCAUGCGCAUGCACCACUGCCGCUAGUGUGAACUUCUUGCCCACGAUUAAAGAGUGUGAAAGGCUGUAAAACA